UCCCCUUCCCUGGCAGUCUCCUUCCCUCUCUGCGUUCCUUCUCACUAUCCCUACCGUCUGCAAUCCGCUGCUUCCGUCGCCGUAGUUGUUACGUUUACUCUGCGCCGGAAGAAGAAUCCGCGAACGCCUUUGGAGUUAUGGCGGCGGUAGAUGUGCGAGAUAAUCUGUUGGGAAUCUCUUGGGUUGACAGUUCCUGGAUCCCCAUUUUGAACAGUGGAAGUGUCCUGGAUUACUUUUCAGAAAGAAGUAAUCCUUUUUAUGACAGGACAUGUAAUAAUGAAGUGGUCAAAAUGCAGAGGCUAACAUUAGAACACUUAAAUCAGAUGGUUGGAGUGGAAUACAUCCUUUUACAUGCGCAAGAGCCCAUCCUUUUUAUCAUUCGGAAGCAACAGCGGCAGUCCCCUACCCAAGUUAUCCCACUGGCUGAUUACUAUAUCAUUGCUGGAGUGAUCUAUCAGGCACCAGACUUGGGAUCAGUUAUAAACUCUAGAGUGCUUACUGCAGUGCAUGGCAUUCAGUCAGCUUUCGACGAAGCUAUGUCAUACUGUCGAUAUCAUCCUUCCAAAGGGUAUUGGUGGCACUUCAAAGAUCAUGAAGAGCAAGAUAAAGUCAAACCUAAAGCCAAAAGGAAAGAAGAACCAAGCUCUAUUUUCCAGAGACAACGUGUGGAUGCUUUACUCCUAGACCUUAGACAAAAAUUUCCACCCAAAUUUGUGCAGCAAAAGUCUGGAGAAAAGCCUGUCCCAGUGGAUCAGACAAAGAAAGAAGCAGAACCUAUACCAGAAACUGUAAAAUCUGAGGAGAAGGAGACCACAAAGAACACCCAACAGACGGUGAGCACUAAAGGCCCCCCUGAAAAACGAAUGAGACUUCAGUGAGUGUUGGACGAGAGAGAAACUUGCCGGACUCCUCUUGUCCCUCGUUAUACCUCAUUACUGUGACAGGCUCUUGAACUUUAGAAUUCUUUGUCACAGCCCUCUCGUUUGUAUAGAAUGUGCUUGUUCUUUAAGGAAGGGUGUAAAGAUCCUGAUGCUUUCGAUAUGAAUAUUAUGUAUCUUUUGUGACCUUUCUGCUACUGGACUUGAGCAGCCUCCUCACUCACGUGUGUACUGCUAUAUAUAUAUAACAAAAUAAAGGUAUUUGCGUAAACUUCUUUAUUAUGACUUUUUCCCCCUUAUUUUUCUCUCUGAAAUAUUUCCAGGUGCACUUUGUAAACACAAAGGAUUAAUGUUAAAGUGGUAUCUAAGCUUAUUUUCUUUUAUUAGUUGCUUAUUCCUCAGUAUUAAAAUAAUAAAGUUACUGAAAACUUGAAAGAUAAAGAAAAGGUAAAAACAACCUCACUCACCAAAUACCAUCACCCUACAAAUGCUAUAACAGUGUUGUGAAUUUUGUCUUCUUUUUCUGUAUAUAGAUGUUUUUAAAACCAGUUUGUAAUUAUUCUCUUCAUACAGUUGUGCUUUAUCAUAUUAUUAUGUCUGUUGUAAGCACUUCUCCAUGUUUAGUAUUUAUAGACUAUUUAUUUUAGUGACUGAAUAAUUCUUGUGAAUCAUAUGUUUUCUUAAACUCUCCCCAUGUGAUACUUAGGUUUUCCCCAAUAUUUUA